AAACAAAAAAUGGCUCUCCUGGAAAACUCAUUCAUAUAUCUUCACUUUCUCAUCCUCCAAAUAAUCGUAUCUUGCGUGUUACUGUGUGGAAAUAUCAGUGUGAUUGCUGAAACCAACACCCUGAAUCAAACAGACACACUCAACUUCACAGCUCGUUUGGUUUCCAACAACAAGAACUUCACCUUAGGAUUCAUCAAACCUGUCACCUAUAUCAACAACACUUACUUAGCCAUCUGGAAUUCCAAGUACAGGUCAGCUUCUUCUCCAGUUUGGAUCGCCAAUAGAGACACCCCAAUCGCUAAUGGAUCUGAUGCAACUCUCUUCAUCGACAAAAAUGGGAAGUUUGUGAUCAAUCGAACUCAUGGCCACCCAAUUCAACUAUGCCCUGGUGAAACCACGACCGACAACACCACCAACACAAGAGCUGUUUUGCUGGACAAUGGAAAUCUCGUACUGACAGAAGUGAAUUCCGAUGGAUCUGUCGGUCGGACCUUGUGGCAAAGCUUUGAUUGUCCCACGGACACUCUUUUGCCUGGCAUGAAACUAGGCGUCAAUCACAGAACAGGAAGGAAUUGGACUCUCACAUCAUGGCUGGCUUCUAACGACCCAUCUCCAGGAGCUUUUACCCUCGAAUGGGACCCUCAUGGCUUAGAGUUGGUUCUUCGACGUAGAGGGGCUGUGUUUUGGACUAGUGGGGCCUUGAAAAAUCUCAGUGAUCCUGAUGGUGGAAUGACCUUUGGGAACAUAGGACCAACCUACUAUUAUACACAAUCUUAUAAGAUGAUGUACACGAGAACUUCAAAUGAAGAGUUCUUCAACUAUACGUUGAAAGAUGACCGUUUGGAUCCUGUGGUUCAUGAAAGCAUAGAUUGGAGCAUAGAUUACAAAGGUAGCUUUUGGUUUGAGAACACGGGAGUCCCAUUACAGGAAUACUGUUAUGGGUACAAGACAAAGGACAACGAGGGAUGUGCAGAAUGGGAACAACCACAAUGUAGGAGUUACAAUACGACGUUUCGGUUGUUGUCUGGGUACUUUGUGAAUAAAAGCAAUGGAAACUUCAUUGAUGGUGAUCUUCACAGGAUCGGUCCAGCUGAUUGUAGAGUUAGUUGCUGGGAUGAUUGCGAAUGUCUGGCAUAUCAGAAGAUGGACACGUUGCGUUGUGUUCAAUAUCAUCAAGAAGCAGAGUUUCGACCAGAUCCAUCGGGGAAUUCGGAACAAUUUUACGUUAUCCAACAACCAGAAAAUGGUUUAACAGAAGAAAGGAACAAGAAAAGGAUUGCAAUUUCGGUUCCCCUCGCAAUAUUAUUCUUGUUAGCGUCUGUCAUUGUUAUUAUCUUUUACUGGAGAUGGAGAACGAAAGGGAGAAAAAGGGACCAUCUACGUCAACUGUUGUCAGAAACUAAAAAUUUACGCAAUUUAGAUGAGCUUGGAUAUGAUAAUGGUUUUGCUCAACAUUUGAAAGUGUUCAGCUUUUUGUCUAUCGCUGAAGCUACGGAUAACUUCUCAGCUCAAAAUAAACUUGGACAAGGCGGUUUUGGCCCAGUUUAUAAGGGAAAACUACCUGAAGGGGAAGAAAUUGCAGUAAAGAUGUUAUCAAGAAGUUCAGGACAAGGAUUAGUGGAGUUUAAGAAUGAGUUAAUACUCAUAGCAAAGCUACAGCACAUGAAUCUAGUUCGUUUGCUUGGAUGCUGCAUACAAGCUGAGGAGAAGAUUUUGGUUUAUGAAUACAUGGCUAACAAAAGUUUGGAUUCCUUUCUCUUCGAUGCAUUGAAGAGGGAUGCGUUAAAUUGGAGAAUACGAGUGAUAAUAAUUGAAGGGAUUUCACAAGGACUUCUUUACCUUCAUCAGCAUUCAAGGUUAAGGAUCAUUCACAGGGAUUUGAAAGCUAGUAACAUACUACUGGAUGCGGAUAUGAAUCCUAAAAUUUCUGAUUUUGGAAUGGCAAGAAUUUUCAAACGGGAUGAACUCAUUGCCAACACUAACAGGAUUGUUGGGACAUAUGGCUACAUGUCACCAGAGUAUGCAAUGGAUGGAGUGGUCUCCAUAAAAUCAGACAUAUUCAGUUUUGGGGUCAUAAUUCUUGAAAUUUUAAGUGGCAAGAGAAACAACGGCUUUUAUAACGUUAACAAACCUCUCAGUUUAGUAAAAUAUGCUUGGGAUUUGUGGCGAAAUGGAGUUGGCUUAGAGCUAAUGGAUCCAACAUUAAGUGACUCAUGUUCCAAUCAGCAAUUUCUCAGAUUUAUUCACAUAGGUCUUUUGUGCGUGGAAGAAUCUCCAGUAGAUAGACCAACUACUUCAGAAGUCGUUUCUAUGAUCCAAAAUGAAAGUACCAUCUUGCCUGUGGUGAAGAAACCUGCAUUUACAAAUUUAGACAAUGUCACCGAAGUAGAUUCUCAUAUGGAUGACUCAGCAUCUCAUUCUGUCAACAAUGUGUCAAUAUCUACUAUAAAUGGAAGAUAG